AUGAUGUUCAUUGAAAGUGAAUUCAAGACCUUCAUUGAGGAAAGCGAGAUUAAGUUAUUGGCAUCCUUACCAUAUUACCCUCAGGCAAAUAGACAGGCCAAAGCUUCUAACAAGAUCGUCCUUGAUAUUCUAAAGAAAACAGUGGAAGAGAAUCCUCGAGAAUGGUAUGAACGAUUGCCCGAGACACUAUGGGCAUACCAGACAUCUAAAAGAAAGGCUACAGGCACAAGCCUGUAUGUGUUAACAUAUGGGCACGAGGUUAUUUUGCCUAUACAAAUAACAGUCCCUUCACUACAUGUUGCAAACAGUCUAGGAAGAUCGUCUGAUGACUAUAAUGAAGCCAUGAUGAACGAGUUAAUCUCGUUAGACAAAAUUUACUUACAAGUACUCAAUCAUAUGAUCGCCCAGAAGAAAAAAGUUUCAAGAAUAUACAAUAAGAAGAUAAGACGGAAACAUUUUCAUGUAGGCAUGAUCGUAUGA